GCCACCCGGCGCCGGCUCGGGAAAUGGAUGCUCGUCUGGUGUGCGGGCGCCGGGGGCGGGGAAAGCACACGCUCAGCUGCGCGCUGGCCCCGCCCGGGACCCGGCGGGAGCGCGGGGCCAUCCUCUUCCUCCCUUGCUGGCGCUGGGCUGAGCCCGGAGCCGAGAAACUGAGUUGGCUCUGAGCUCCCUGUUUGGUUUCUGGGCGGCGGCAGCCGGAGGAGGAACAUGGCGCUCGUAGGCAACGGAGCAGAGUUGGAAGCGGACGAGGACAUCUUUGAAGAUGCCUUGGAAACCCUCUCUAUGCCUUCUCGUGUAGAUAUGGCAACAAGCAGCCAACACUUCUCAUCAUUUGAUACAAAACAGGCAUCCGGACAGCACCGAACAUCUAAUAUGAAAAGGUCACUGUCAACCAAGGUGGAUCUCAGGAGUGGCCUGGAAGAAUGUACAAUGGCACUGAACUUAUUUCUAAGUAACAAAUUUACAGAUGCCUUAGAAUUGCUUCGACCAUGGGCUAAGGAGAGCAUGUACCAUGCCUUGGGCUACAGUACGAUUGUGGUGCUUCAGGCCGUCAUGACCUUCGAGCAACAGGACAUCCAAAAUGGCAUUUCUGCCAUGAAGGACGCCUUACAAACCUGCCAAAAAUACAGGAAAAAAUGCACAGUCGUAGAAUCUUUCUCAAGUCUUCUUUCUAGAGGAUCAUUGGAACAGCUGACUGAAGAGGAAAUGCAUGCCGAAAUCUGUUAUGCCGAGUGCCUCCUACAGAAAGCAGCCCUCACGUUUGUGCAGGAUGAAAAUAUGAUCAACUUCAUCAAAGGUGGACUCAAAAUUAGAACAAGUUACCAAAUAUAUAAAGAAUGUCUUUCUAUCCUGCAUGUAAUUCAGAAGAACAAAGUUGAGCAGCAAUUCUUCUAUGAGUUUGAAGGUGGCGUCAAGCUUGGAAUAGGGGCCUUUAAUUUGAUGCUGUCCCUUUUACCAGCACGGAUUAUCAGACUACUAGAAUUUAUAGGAUUUUCUGGAAAUAGGGAGUUGGGCAUCCUGCAGUUACGGGAAGGCGCCUUAGGAAGAAGCAUGAGGUCUCCACUAUGCUGCUUAACUAUACUAGCUUUUCAUACUUAUAUCUCCCUGAUACUUGGUACAGGAGAAGUGAAUGUUGUGGAAGCAGAGCGUCUCCUUGAACCCUACCUCCAGCAGUUUCCAAAUGGCUCCCUCAUGUUGUUUUAUCAUGGCCGGAUAGAGCUGCUGAAAGGAAAUGUGGAAGAGGCACAAGAGAUAUUUCGAAAAUGCAUUUCAGUUCAAGAAGAAUGGAAACAGUUUCACCAUCUCUGUUAUUGGGAGCUGAUGUGGAUUUUUGUAUUCCAACAAAACUGGAGGGAGGCGUAUUACUAUUCAGAUCUGCUUUGCAAAGAGAGUAAAUGGUCCAAGGCAACAUAUGUGUUCUUAAAAGCUGCAAUUUUGAGUAUGCUUCCAGAGGAAGAUGUAGUAGCAACUAAAGAAGAUGUGGUAGCUUUAUUUAGACAGGUGGAUGGCUUGAAGCAGAGAAUUGCUGGGAAAUCGAUCCCUACUGAGAAGUUUGCUGUGAGGAAGGCUCGACGUUACUCUCCCUCGUUGCCCGCACCCGUGAAGCUCAUCUUGCCUGCCCUGGAAAUGAUGUAUGUUUGGAAUGGUUUUCCACUAGUGAGCAAAAGAAAAGAUCUUUCUGAAAAUCUGUUGGUAACUGUUGAAAAGGCUGAGGCAGCUCUACAAAGUGAAAGGAAACGAGUGGAUGAGAAGUCUCAAGAAACUGGGACCAAAAGGAGGAACUCAAAGUUUGUACUAUUUAACAAAGAACCAAAACAACACUCCAGCGACUACUCUGUAGAUGACGAAUGCUUAGUGAAGUUGCUGAAAGGAUGCUGCCUGAAGAACUUACAGCGGCCUUUGCAAGCGGAAUUGUGUUUCAAUCACGUUGUCCAAAGUGAAAAGCUACUGAAGUAUGACCACUACCUAGUGCCAUUUACUCUGUUUGAGUUGGCAUUUUUGUAUAAAAACCAAGGGGAAAUUGACAAGGCCAUAAAGGUCCUAGAAACUGCAAGAAAUAACUACAAAGAUUACUCACUGGAGUCCAGACUACACUUCAGAAUUCAGGCAGCUCUUCACCUCUGGAAAAAAUCUUCCUCAGAUUGAUCAGAACAUGAAGAAUGGAAUUUUCUCUCAAUUAGUACCGGCAUCUGUUGUAGAUUAGACCUUGUAUUAAAGUGGAAAAAUGAUCUUGUGAAUGUGAGACAAAAAACUAAUUUUACUGUCAAUAUUUUCUAUCAUCUGUGUAGUUUACUAUUGGUCUACCUAAGUGGGUUUUUUUUUUUUCCUAUGGAAUGAUGUUAAAUAAUAUCUAGAAAACUCUUAUAUUUUGCAUCUCCAAAAAGAAUUUCAUAUCCGAUUUGAAUUGGAGAGUGAAAAGUCUUUUAAAGGACUCACAGGUACAAUAAAGUAUAAUUAGAUUAUUUAUUUUUUUAAUGUGGAAAUGAAUAUCGUGUAAGUAGCAAAUGGCUUACAACCUAGCCAUUUUUAGCUUUGUUGGUCCGUUAAACUUCAGAGAUAUUUUGUUGCCUAGCAUUUAAGUUUCAGAGGGGAAAUAAGAAUCACCUACAUUCAAAAUAGCUCAAUAACUUUCCGAAAACUCCUGAAAAAGACAGGCAGUGGGUGUGAACAGGACAGGUAAUGUAAGUAAUAGGUUGAAAGACCUGUAUCUAGAAAAGGUGAUGAAAUGUUGUUAUUGUUUUUUAUUCUUCAUGUAAGUUACAGGUGGUGACAGUUUUGAGAGACUAUCCUGUUUUUGAAUGUACUUAAGUCUGUUAUUAUUAUAACAAAAUUCAAAAAAAUUCCGUGUAUCUAAAGGGAAAAAAAGUUAUAUUUUAGAAAUUUUCCUUAACCUUAACAAUGAGCGCCUAAAAUAUAUACGUUGACUAUUUUUCUUAUAAAGUUCCUGCUGCUUUCAAUGAUAUAUAAAAUAAUAAUUUUUACACUCCUAAUGUUGGUGUGUAAGGUCUAAUUUGCUAAUUUCUCUAGCACUGUGAUGGUUCCUUGUAAAUAUCUGGACUGUGCUUAGUCCUUUAAUUUGCAAACACAAUCAGGGCAUGGAGUGGAAGAGAGCCAACUCUGUGUGGUCCUGGCUCUGCUGUCGGCAGUUACCGGGGUGACCUUUAGGGAGUUCUGUGCUCUCUCCAUCACCAUAUUUUCCUCAUCUGUGAAAUGGAAAAAGGACAGAUGAAUUUCAAGAUCUCUUUUAGUUUUAUAACUGUGGGUCUGAGGCUGAGAUAUUUAUUUUCAGCAAACAAUGUUAAAAUGUUUAAUCCAGAUCAUUCCCACUUAGUGUGUGUUUUAUUUUACAAUCAUCACUGCCCUCCCCAGCCCCCCAGCUCUCCAAUAUGUAUGUGCAGUGGCUGAGGUCAAGACUGCAUCCAGAGCAACAAAAAACAGUUCACGAAUCGAUGAAUCAGGGUUUUGUCUUAUUUCUAUUUUGAAGAAUAACUUGUCGUGGAAGCCUCUGCAGUUUAACAAAAACAGCCCCAGAUUGGUAGUCAGGAGCCCAGUUCUAUAAGUUAGUAAUAGUUCCUCUACAUGGAGCAAGUCAUUGACCCUUUCUGGCACUCAGUUUCCCUGGUGGGGAUAGCAACACAGAGCAUGGUGCUUGUGAGGGCUCUAUUAGAUAAUGCAUAUGAUAGCUUUUUGUAAACUGAAAGGCUGCAUGAAUAUGAGUUGUUGUAAUAGUUAUGGUUUUUAUGUAUGUAUUACAGUAUCAAAACAAAAGUAUUGGCUUGAGUCUGUGGUCUCUGAUGUAAAAUGAAAGUGUGGCGAUCCAAACAAGUUUAAAUUUAUUUGAAGUGUUUGGCACUGACAUUAGCUCACAUUGUGAAUUUGCUCCUUGCUGUUUAUUCCCUGCUAUAUGAGCCUGUAUCCAGCAGGUAUUUGGUCUUGUUUUCUUUAAGGUACUAAUUCUUGGCCAAUACUGAGGAUGUUUUUCCAGUGGAAAAUGAUGAAUACAACUCAAGUCGGAGUACCACCCCUUCAGAUAAUAUUGGUGGUAGAUUCAUCAUGUGCUAUUAAUAUGAAUUAUAUAACUUUACAUUAGGACCAGACAAAAGAGAAAAUAACUGUCAUUACAAUUAGUAAUGGAAAAUCUGUUCAAAAAUUUCUUUGAAUAUUACUUGGAAAAAAAAGUCUCCAAAGUUCUUAGAAGAGCUUUGGUAACAUUAUUAUUAUUGUUUUUUUAAUAAUAAAAAAAAAGGUCAUAUUGCUUUUGUGAGAAGCUGCAAGUCAGAGCAAGUGUGAGUGAAAAAUGCACUUUCUGGUAUGAAAUGGAAACGAUUUAAGGUAAUGGUAGUUAUUUUUGUUUUAUUUUAACACUGCAUUACCAAAACAAAUAUAAAAAUUCAU